GCCCUCAGCUGGGAGCAUCUUUGCUGCAAGACAGAAAAGGGCUGGGGAGUGAGGGAGGGAGGAGGAAAACAGCUGCUGGGGGGAAAUCUGGGGAAGGGGAGGCGGCAGGGUGGGGAGAUCCUUUGUUUCUUCCCCAUCAUGGUGCUUUGGGAUCCAAUGCGGCCUCUCCUCAGGCACAGCUAAACUUGGAACCAUAGACCUUGGGGUCCACAGACAGGGGAUGCUACUCCAAGAGAUUAAUAGGGCUAUUUCUUUGACAGCAGGGGAUGGUCCAGGUUGCCCCUCUACUUGCAUGGGACCUCAUCCAUCAUCUUUCCUUAGUUCGCAGCAGAUACCCUGAAGAAGAGGGUCCGGUCUCCGCCAGAUUCUUUGGAGAAGGACACUUUGUCUGUCCUCAAAAAGGCAAACUGAAUCCAGAGAACUGCAAGAUCCUAUCCCAGUUCUUUUCCUUGACUUGAAAUAGCAGGACACCUUUUUCUGCAUGUCUGCCUGUCAGGAUGUCAACCAUCAGCCCUGAAUAUGACUAUUUGUUUAAGCUGCUUCUGAUCGGUGAUUCUGGAGUUGGGAAAUCGUGCCUUCUGCUCCGUUUUGCAGAUGACACCUAUACAGACAGCUACAUAAGCACCAUUGGCGUCGAUUUCAAAAUCCGAACAAUUGAGUUGGAAGGAAGGACAAUUAAGCUGCAAAUUUGGGACACAGCGGGGCAGGAGCGCUUCCGAACAAUCACGUCCAGCUAUUACCGAGGCGCACAUGGCAUCAUCAUUGUGUAUGAUGUGACAGACCAGGAUUCAUUCAACAAUAUGCACCUCUGGAUGGAGGAGAUCAACCGCUAUGCCAGCGAGAAUGUGAACAAGUUGAUUGUAGGAAAUAAGAGCGACCUCACAAGCAAGAAAGCAGUGGACUACACAACAGCCAAGGAAUAUGCGGACUCCCUCGGGGUGCCCUUCCUAGAAACCAGUGCAAAAAAUGCCACCAAUGUCGAACAGGCAUUUCUCACUAUGGCCGCAGAGAUCAAGAACCGAGUGAGCAGCGGUCCCACUCAGAAUGACAGCCACAAGCCCAACCUCCACAUUCAGAGUGGGCCCCUGAGGCAAGAAGGAGCCGGCCAAGAAGAUGGAGGGGGAGGCUGCUGCUAAAGGAGCCCAACCAGGAUCGAUACGUGUGGAAGGUUUGGAGAAUGUGUGGGUGCUGGGGUCAGUUCCCUUUGGGUCUGCGUAUGCUAAAGGCACCCAGACUUUCCCUAUUCUUCAUAUGCACAAUAGGACUUCUGUUGGCAAAGCAGCCUUUGAUUCCUUUAUCUCAUUUUUAUGACCUUGGAGCCAUAAUAUCUGUCCCUGCCCAGCUGAUACCUUCUUGCUAGCUGCCACAUCCUGUACAAUCCUCCGAUACAAAGCUCUUGUCCAUCGACUGGGACAUGAAUUCAGCACUAUGCCGUCCCACAGAGGCCAAAGGGAGGAUCAAGAGUUCCAAAAGAAAAAGCAGAGAAGGGGAAAAGAUUUUUAUACAAGGUUAAUUCCUUUAGAACUGUAUUAUGAUUUCCUGAUUUUUCUGCCUUCAAAACAUGCACAUUCAGCAUUGUGAGCAUGCACGCAACACCACUUCACAUUGGCUAUUAACCAUCAUGUCCUUUUCGAACUUUCACCCCAAAUCAGCCUCUUAUUUCAGUGUGGAGGGUUUUCAGAGUAAUAUAAACAACAGAUUUUUUUUCUCUCUUAUCCCUCUGGCUAUUACGUGUACAUUGCUAUCUGGUGCUUCUAAGGACAAAACUGCAUUCUAAACAUACAUUAACUUUCCUAAGUGUUAGGAAUUCUAAUUUGGUGAAGGUCCAGAGAAAUUUCUACUCUCUCGCUUCAGCUUCCUUUGUCUCUCAUUGCAAAGAAUUGCAGAUCCCCAAUUCCCUAAAAGAGAAAAGGAAAAACUAUUUAAUUGGUAUUAGAGCAUUAUGACAAAUGAGGCUUUUCUAAAUGGAACAUUUUGCACAGUGAACCAUGUUAACGUGUACCUGGCCCUGGGUCCUUUAACAGAAAAUUUAGUAUCACAGGCAAAAAAAAAAAAAAUAGCAUGGAAAGAAUAGGUUCCUUUACACCACAAAAAGAAAGCACCAUUCAACGUGUUUCAGCAAACAGUUUAACAUUCACAAUACGUAUGCAUGAAAUGAAUUGGUGAGGUGAGCCUUCCAUAAAUGGACAAAAAGAAUUUAAAUUUCUAGAGGCCAGCUGUAGACUUCUUUCAAAAUGUGUGCAGGGAUGACUAUUGCUUUCUUCAGCUUCCAUCCAUUUCUGUGGCCAAACCUACUAACUGGUAGGGCAGGGAGCAGCUAAUGAGGCAGUUUUAUCUGCUCUUUCCUUUGCUCUCUAUUCUACUGUUCAAAUGUGGUCAGUUACAGACUCUGAAGGUUGCUCCCGUUUACCUUACUAGUUUUAGGCAGUGACACACCGCUCCAGUUGGACCCAAGGGAAUAGAAUCCCACUCCUUGAAGCUCAACCUUUAUUGCAGCAUUUACUGCAAACAGGCUGCAAAAACCAAAGUCUGUGCUUUUCCAGCCAUCCCAAAUCCCAGGCACUUCUGGUUCCAAUCAUUUUGGAUAAACUGUAUUGGUUAUAGAAGUCUAUACAGUGUGGGAGAACUGGGACUCUGAUAGCAUUAACACCCAAAGUGUUAUCUAUAAAUGAUCCUGUAUAAGUCAACCUCAAAUAUAAGUCAAGAGCAGGUUUGGGCACCUAUAUUACAGAUUUUGCUAUAAAUUAAUGAUAAAACCAUCCUUAUAGCAACCCUAGAAACUUUAUACAACUUGCAAUGAAAGGGGUCAAUGUUCUAGAAUAGAGUUUCUCAAUCUCUGCUCCUCCAGAUGUUUUGAAUUUCAGCUCUCACAAUUCCUAACAGCUGGUAAGCUAGGUGGGAUUUCUGGCAGCAGAAGUCUAAAACACCUGGAGAAUGGUUUGAGAAACACUGUUCUAGAAUGACUCUCAUGAAACGCUGGUGCACAUUCUUUGGACUCCCCUGCUAGUCUGGAGAGAGAGAAAAAAAAACAACAACAUGACCAGGGCCUAGAGUUCCAGAUGAGCCAGGUCCGCGGACUUUACCUUUAAGACUGUCAACCAGUCCCUUUUUACACUGAGCUAUCACAAUACAACUUCUGCAUGACUUACAUUUUAGACUACACAGGCAAAUACUUUUUUUAAAAGGAAGGCAGGCUGUGUAUAUGGUUUGUGUUUUUCUUAACAAUUCCAUGAUUUAUGUCUCAUUGCAUAGUUCCAGAAAACCCUGCAAUAAUGGAUCCUUUCCUCGUGCACUCAUCUAUCCUAAACUUCCCUUUCCAUACUUUGUCUGUCAACACUAACUCAUAAACAAUAAACCAUUUCUGUCCUCUUG